CUUCCAAAAGGAAAAAAAAAGACAGAGAAAAAAACUCUCCAAGGCAGCAGACAAGCCUCUGGCUUCUUUCCUGGGAUAUUAAGAAUGUGCUCAGAUUCUUCGGACCAUCCCAGCCAACGUUGGGGAGAACCAUGCAAAGAAACAAGGUCACCCUGUUGGCUCGUGGGCUCUUCUGGAUUCCCUGCAUGAUGCUUGUGAGUCACAUCAUUUUGCAGGUGUGUGGUCAAGGAUCGAACCGGUUGAAGCUGACAGUCCUGUCAGAAGACAGACUGCAGAUGAAAUGGAAAGAGACAGAAGGAAACACGAAUGGGUACAAAGUCCGUGUGAAACCCAUGGCAGGAGAUUCAGAACAGGAAGUCAUGCUCAAAACCAGGAUUGCCAAAGCAACGGUGGGGGGGUUGAGCCCCACAAAGGAAUACUCUCUGCAGAUCUACAUCCUAAAUGGUUCUCAAGAGGCCCUCUUCAUCAAGAGGCGGUUUGUGAUUGAAGAACUAAAAAACUUCUCCCAAGUUAGAAGUAACAGAAGGAACCCAACUAGUGCCCCAGAAAAGACAGAGAUGUUUCUGGGGACUACAGCUGCCGAAUACCUCCUGGAGACAGAAGCCACCUUCCCACCUACCAGUGAAACCCUGAUAAGAAAGGAUGAGCCAGACAAGAAAAGGCCAAAAGCGGGCGUGCCCAAAGACGGGAUUGAAAAUGUGCCCAUUGCAGAGCCGACAGCAAUGCUGGCGUCCCCAACAGCCGUGAAGAUAACGCUGCUCCCAAGUCCGAUAGAAUUCGAAAUAGACCAUCUUGCCCAAGAGAAAACUGCCAGGGAAAACUUAAGGAGAGUUUUUCCCUUUCAGUGUGACUCCUCUGCAAUGACUGACAUCAUCUUUCUGGUGGACGGCUCGUGGAGUAUCGGCCGCAACAAUUUCAGGCUCAUCAGAGAAUUCCUGGCUGCCUUGGUUACACCGUUCAACAUCGCUCAGGACAAGAUCCGAGUAGCGAAAUGCUUUUCUAGUGAGACCCAGACCCUGCGGGGUCUGAUGAAAUUCCUCAGGGGCUGUGAUCCAGUAAAAACUGCCCCAGCAAGCAGCGGGGCCCACCUGAGCCCAAGCAACCUGGUUGUAAAAGAGGUGACUUCCAGAAGCGUCCACCUCAUCUGGAAGCCUCCAGUGAUACCACCCAAGAAGUACAGGGUAGUUUACUACCCAUCUAGGGGCGGGAUCCCUAAAGAGGUCGUUUUAGAUGGUUCCUCCACCUCUGCACAGCUCUGCAAUCUUACCUCCCACACCGAAUAUCUGGUUUCAGUAUUUCCCAUUUAUGAGAAUGCUGUUGGAGACGGGCUCCGAGGAAUCACCUCAACACUACCUCUGUCUGCUCCCCGUUCCCUCCGAGCAUCCGAGAUCAGCCACAACAGCAUAAAACUCACCUGGCAGCCAGCAGAUGGCGCUACGCAGUACCUGGUCCUUUGUUCUUCGGCACCCAAUGGAGCAACUGAUGAUACGAAAGAGGUGAAAGUCGUAGAACCUGAAGUUCUGCUUGGAGAUUUAUCACCCAGUACAGAAUAUUCGCUAGCUGUGUAUGCAAUGUACGGAGAAGAUGCUAGCGACCCUGCAAGUAUUCAGGAAACAACCUUGGCCCUGAGCCCUCCACCGCGCCUGAGUUUCUCAGAUAUCAGCCAUGGCUCAGUCAGGGUUAACUGGGAGGUGACAUCGCGAGCUGUGAAAACUCACCAGGUGACAUAUAUGUCCAGCAGAGGGAGCAACACUGGCGAGUUGGAGGUUCCUGGCAACGUUUCCUCUGCUGUGCUGAUGCCUCUGUCAUCCCUGACAAAAUAUUUUGUCAGCGUGACUUCCAUUUACAAUGAAGGCACUUCCUUUCCAGUUACGGGCAACUUUACUACGUUAAAGGUGCCACCACCGAGCCACUUGAAGGUCACAGAGCUCUCGGGAAGCGAGAUCCGGCUGGAGUGGGAAGCAAUCGCGGCAUCCGAUGUCGUCGUCUACCAGAUCAAAUGGAACGUGCUCGGUGAAGGGAGGUCGCAGGAGCUGUCUGUUGCUGGAAACUUGGCUGCCGCUGUUCUGCCCGGUCUGAAAAAGAACACCGAAUACCAGAUAUCGAUUUGGGCGUAUUACAAGGACGGGGCUCGGAGCGAUACCGUCUCUGUUCGGCACAGGACCACUGCCAAGAAUCCGCCUGUGGCAAUCUUUGUGGAUUCGGAAACCCCCAACAGCCUGCAGGUCCACUGGAGUCCCCCAGAUGGCGCAGUUCAGCACUACAGAAUCACCUACGCUCCAGAAACAAGCCCGAACGGCCAGGAGAUGAUAGUGCUUCCAGGUAAAAGCCGGGCUGUUACUCUUCACUCACUCCUUCCUGGCACGAGGUACACAGUGACUAUUUUUGCAGUGUAUGCCACAGGAGAGAGCGAUCCUAUCUCUGCAACUGGCCAGACAGCCUCAACCUUGGCCAGGCUGCCCCUAUCAAGAGGAUCGGUCCCUUUCAAAGCUGAUGGCUGUCCCGGUCUUGACUCAGCAGAAGGGUCUCUACAAGGGUAUGACCUGAUGGAAGCAUUUGGGCUCAGGGAAAAAGAGUAUGCCUCCAUUAAAGGUGUGGCCCUGGAGCCGUACAUCUUCCUUGGGACUCACACGUACACCCUCUACAGAGAUAUCCAGCUGACCCGUCAAACAAGCGAAGUGUUCGCAUCUGGGAUUCCAAGCGAAUACACGGUCACCUUCCUACUCCGACUUCUGCCAGAGAGCCCCAGGGAAUCCUUUGCUGUGUGGCAGGUGACGGAUGAAGACUUCCAGCCGCUUCUUGGCAUCGUGCUCGAUCCCAACAAGAAAUCCUUGACCUAUUUCAGGCGUGACUACGAUGCUGAUAUCGAAGAAGUCACCUUUGACCAACAGGAUGUGAAGAAGCUGUUCUACGGGAGCUUCCACAAGGUGCACGUAUCUGUGAGCCAUUCCAGGGUCAAACUCUACAUCGACUGCAAGAAAAUAGCCGAGAAGGCGCUCGGAGCUUCAGAGACGGUCUCGACUGCUGGCUUCGUUAUGCUGGGGAAACUGACGAGGACACGAGGACCACGGAGCGGAUCGGCUGCAUUCCAGCUGCAGUCGUUGAGGAUUGUGUGCAGCAGUUUGUGGGCUGAAGAAGACCGAUGUUGUGAGGUCCCAGCACUGAGGGAUGAAGAGGUCUGUCCCAGCUUCCUUCCUUCCUGCACCUGUACGUCGGGAAUUCCAGGAGUCCCGGGACCCCCAGGGCCUCCAGGCAGUCCUGGAAGGAGAGGACCGCAGGGCGAACAAGGAGAGCCGGGCCCCAAGGGUGCACCGGGCCCACCUGGACAGGUUGGCCCAGAAGGGCCAGGAGGACAGCAGGGGACACCAGGGUCCGAGGGGUUAGCUGUACAGGGCCCCAUCGGGCCACCAGGUGUUAAAGGCGACAAAGGAGACAGUGGAAACCCAGGGAUUCAGGGUAUUAUGGGCCCCCAGGGAGCUCCAGGGAAGGAUGGAAUUCAAGGAGCCAAGGGCGUCCGGGGCCUCGAAGGCACCGCUGGACCACCGGGACCGCCAGGACCGAGGGGUUUCCAAGGAAUAGCUGGAGCAAGGGGCAGCCCGGGGGAGAAGGGCCCCCCAGGAGAAGUUGGCCCGACGGGGCUGCCUGGGCCAAAAGGGGAAAGGGGAGAGAAAGGUGAACCACAAUCCAUGGCCACCAUCUAUCACCUGGUCAACCAGGCCUGCGAGCGUCUGAUACAGUCACAUGUUUUGAAGUUCGAUUCAUUCAUCCAUGAACACACAAGGAAACCUGCUCCCAUGUGGGAGGACAAAUUGAAGGCAGGAGAGCCCGGACCCCCAGGUCUUCCUGGACCCCCUGGCAUGAAAGGAGAAAGGGGGGAAGUGGGGAUGCCGGGCCAGCCAGGCAGAGAUGGAUAUCCGGGAGAACGAGGUUCUCCGGGACCCAAGGGGGAAAAAGGUUAUUCGGGGCCUAGCGUGGACGGCUUACAAGGACCGAGAGGUUUGGCAGGCCCGGUGGGGGAAACACCACUCGGUAAGCAGGGACCCAAAGGAGCUUCUGGAAACACGGGUUCCCCUGGGUUUCCCGGAGCUAGAGGCCAGUCCGGAGAACUUGGGCCCGAUGGCGGAUGCAUCACUUCUGAUUGCUACGAGGAGAUCCUAAGAGAUGCAGCGUCGAUCCCCUGAUGAGUGGGGGACAGGCUGUGGCCGCCCUUUCCAACCUCCCCGUGGAAACAUCUGUUUACAGAAAGGACCUCGGCGAUUCGGAGAUCUGUGUUUUCCUCCCCCUAUGGCACCAUUUUUGUCUACUUGUUUCUUUGAGCAAAAUCAUCCAGCAGUCGACAAAUGACGCCCGAGUGGGCCUCUCUGUCUUGCGCCCCCACAACCCUUCCAGCCCCUGCCUCAAUUUCUUCAUCUCUUGCGCUCGCACACGGUCUGCAAGGGCGGCCAAAACGCCACCGUCAAGAGGACAGAUCUGAAAUAUCACCAUGGAGCAUUCGAUGCAAUCCAGACUUAUUCAGUUCUGUGUGAGCCGGCGUUGCUGCAGCCCUGAUUGUACCUUUAGGUUCAUCGGCAAUCACGCCCGUCAAUAUCUUUGCAGGGUUUCCUUCGAGGUGUAUGUAACGGUGGCUUAACCGGGUUGUAUGUUAGAAGCUAAAUGUAGUCCUCCCUAAUCGAAGAAUUUCUGAGCAAGGGGCAGAUGUUCAGAGGCGUAUCUAGGAAAACUGGAGCCCAGGAACAAAAUCUGAAUUUUCCACCUGCCCCCUGCAGGUCCCCAGGUCUACCACCCGGAGCCCAGGUCUACCUCCCGGAGCCUUCACUGGCAUCCAGGUCUACUGCCUGGAACUUGCUCCAGCAUCCAGGUCGCCUGGCUGGAGCCUGCACCGGCACCCAAGUCUACUGCUCUGAGCUGGUGCUGGUGCCCAGGUCUAUGUGUGCCUGGGUACAUAGGUUACCCCAUGUCCCUAUAGGUCAGUGGUGGCGAACCUUUGGCACUCCAGAUGUUAUGGACUACAAUUCCCAUCAGCUCCUGCCUGCAUGGCUAAUUGGCCAUGCUGACAGGGGCUGAUGGGAAUUGUAGUCCAUAACAUCUGGAGUGCCAAAGGUUUGCCACCACAGCUAUAGGUGGUACUCCCCUGCAGAUGUUACUGAAACGGCGACUGGUUGUUUUCUUUCCUGAAAACAGUUUGAAACCAAGACCAACAGAGCACUAUGCAGGGCAAGUAAACUCAUGGACAACCAGUACUGGAUUUCAAUCAGUUUAUUGAUUACAUGCAGAGGGAAAAUAUCUCAUUCAUUCUCUCAACCACCAAUCCCUUCACUGAAUUGAUCACGUCCAGUAAGGGUAAGGAUGAGAGAUGUGGCAGCGCUGGCUAACCAGGCACGCCGCCCUCAGAAAUUCCCUUCUUAUAGGCCCCUUCCGCACGUGCAGAGUAAUGCACUUUCAAUUCACUUUCACAAUUGUUUGCAAGUGGAUUUCGCUAUCCUCCACAGUAAAACCCAGCUGCAAAGUGCAUUGAAAGUGGAUUGAAAGUGCAUUGUUCUGCAUGUGCGGAAAGGGCCGUACUCUCUUUUUUGGCUCUCGUUAUGACGUAUUCUCGGAUACGACUCUUGAUAUGACGUAUUUUGGCUCUUGAUAUGACGUAUUCUCGGAGAUCGUUGUUCAAGAAGUUUCCCUUCAGUUAUCACAGCCAGCCUCCUUUUACUUAUCUGCAACACAACUUGUUCUUUCACAAAGUUAUUCCGCUCAGUUGUCCAUGUCAGUUCUUUUACUGCAAACCGCAUGGUUUUCCUUUUUCCUGGAUUAUCUCGCUCAGCUCGCCAGGACCGUCAAGCGACGUUGCUCUCCACUUGCAACGUUCUCUUCAGUGUGCCUUCAGUAAACUAGGCCCAACAUUCAUUACACAGAGAAGCCAAUCCCUAGGAACGAGGGGGUGGCAUUGCCCGCCAGCCAGCAAAGGGGACAGUUUUUAUACUAUUAAAAAUCUUACUUCUA